GUUACAUUUUAAAUAAACCAAUCCAUAUAUAUAUAUCUAACUCAACAUAUGAGGAGCAGUCAGACAUCUCAGCAAACCUCUCACACCCGGUUCGUUGAAAGCCCUGCGAUGGAGUCUGUUUUUGCUGUGGUAAUGUUGCUGUGCUGUUGUGUGGUUGAGACUCGGACGGAGAGUGAGCCAACAGCUUUCGCGUCCGAGGUUGACAGGCUGCUGAGGGAACUGGUAGCCCGAGUGGAGAAACUGGAGAGCAAACCAAAAGUGGCCUUCUCCACUUCACUUACGGUCAAUGAUGAACAUUAUCACUUAGGACCUUUCGACAAUGACACCACCGUGGUGUACAAAAAGGUCACUACAAACAUCGGUGAAGCGUAUAACCCAGAUACAGGUGUCUUUACUGCACCUGUGGGAGGGGCCUACUACUUCACAUUCACUUGCAAUGUUGGGAAUUCAGGGAAGGCGAAUGCAGCAUUGCUUAAGAACGGUGUGAAAAUGGCUGCCGUCUAUGAAACUGCCAACCCAAAAUCCGGCAUUUACCACGGCGGGGCCAAUGGAAUCACACUAGACCUAGUGGAAGGAGACAAAGUCUGUGUGGUUCUCUGGAGUGGCAGUAGCAUAUUUGACAACAGCAGGAUUAGCAUGUUCAGUGGUCACCUUCUAUUUCCUACCAAUAAUAAGUAAUAGUAAAAGGCUGAUCAUUACAGUUCAUGACUUAGCAAGAAUUGUAAAUACUUAUUUCAACAUUUCAUUAAAGGAAUAAUCCACUCAAACUA